AACUUACUGAUUUUGAUUGUUUAGUAAUUUAUGAUCAAUUUCUUUCAUUUUAAAAUCUAGUUAGUAUAAGCUUUUAUAAAACUUUUUUAUGAUAAAUAACUCAAAAUCAUGGCAGAAUCUUUAGCUGGUCAAAGAGCCAAAAGGCAAAAAGUUGAUAAACAUGGUCGCAUGACGGCUUUAGAAAAGCUGAAACUUCUAAAAGGAAAGGGCUCAAAACAUAAAUAUGAUGUAGACGAAAUGGAGAAUGUUUACGAUACGGUCGACGAGACAGAAUACACCGAACGAGUUUUGCAGCGACAAGAAGAUGACUGGAUCGAAGACGAUGGCACAGGAUAUGUCGAAGACGGUAGAGAAAUUUUUGAUGAUGAUGAUGGAAUUGAUGAUACAUAUGUUGCAAGUACUAAGGAAUCUGGCCGAGGACAAAAGAGAAAAGCCAAAGUUGCACCACCUUCAGGGAAAGGCAAUAUAAGAAAUCUCUUAGGAGCCAUGCCAGCUAAGAAAAAAGAUGAUGCAAAAAUAUCAGAAGACAACAUUUUAUCAGAUAUCAUGUCAGAUUUGGAUGGAAGUACCUCAACUGCAGUCAAACCAAAGUCCUUCAUGCCAAGCAAAACUAAUAUCAUAGAAUCAAACAAAAAAGAAGCUCAAAACUACUUCAAAAACUUAUCAACUUCUGUAAAAAAACCUACUCCACCUAUUAAAGUUGAGGCAACAGCAUCUACACACCACAACAAAACAAAUGAUCAAAAUAGUCAGUUAAAAAAACAGUCAAAUGAUCAUAUCCCAAAGAAAUCUGAAUGGAACAUAGAUAAAGAAAUAAAGAAAGAAUUAGAAGACUCUGCAACUCAGAACAUAGAAGAGUUUCAGACACAAGAAAUCAAUUUUGAUGAUGAUUUUAGCAAUGAUGCUGCCUUGUGUGAAGUUGCAGAAGUCAAAGAAGAGACUCCAACUGUCUCUAACACUAUAACAGAUGUAGCUGAAGAAUUUUUGAAUGAGGAUUUUGAAAUAUUUCCAACAAAAAAAGAAACAAAAGAAUUAAAACCUUUGAGCAGUAAUUGGGCAGAUCAGAAUCAAAAUCAAGUGGUUUCUUCUGUUCAAACCGAUGGUCAACUUCCACUUCAAACUAACAAAGAAGGGGAGAAAGUUCUUAAAUUUUAUUGGUUAGACGCUUGGGAAGAUAGAUUUGUUAAACCAGGUGUUGUGUAUUUAUUUGGUAAAGUAUAUGUGAAUCCAGCAAACAAGAAAGCAGGCUGUAUUUCUUGCUGUUUGGUUAUAAAAAAUGUAAAUCGUCAGUUGUUUCUUCUUCCAAGGGAAUAUAAAUUGGAUCCCAUAACAUUGGAACCAACAGACCAAGAAGUCACAAUGAUGGAUGUGUAUCAAGAUUUUAAUAGCUCAGUGGCCAGUGAGUUGGGUUUAAAAAAUUUUAAGUCUAGGAAGGUCACUAAAAAUUACUGCUUUAACUUGCCUGACAUACCUGCGCAGUGUGACUAUUUAGAAGUGAAAUAUUCUGCUGCAUUACCCCCACCCCAAUCAGGGAAGAAAUAUUCAACAUUUUCUCACAUAUUUGGUACAAAUACUUCUUCUUUAGAGACAUUUUUGCUGGAUAGAAAAAUCAAAGGUCCCUGUUGGUUAGAAGUGAAACAAGUUGAAAAUGUCCAAGCCAAAGUGUCGUGGUGUAAGCUAGAGGCUACUUGUGAGAAAAUGGAACAAGUUAAUGUUAUCAGAGAUGAUAAUGAUCUGGAACCACCACCAAUUGUUAUUGCAACACUUAAUAUGCGUACUGCCACAGAUCCAAAAACAAAUAAGACAAAAAUUUUGAUGUUGAGCUGCCUAGCGCACAAUUCCUUUCCAAUACAUAAACCACCACCAAAUCCACCAUUUCAUCAGCACUUCUGUGUAAUGACGAAAUGUAUUGACAUAUGGCCACUUGAUCUCAAACAACAUUUAUCUCAAUACAAGGCAACAAGACUGACCAAAUGUGAUUCAGAAAGAGAACUUCUUAACUUUUUUAUGGUACAGUUUUGGAAGCUAGAUCCAGACUUAGUUGUGGGUCAUGAUUUACAAGGCUUUCAACAGGAUUUGCUUAUUGGUAACAUCUUAGAUUUACGUAUUCCAAAUUGGUCUCGUCUAGGCCGACUUAAGAGGUCAGUAGCACCUCAGAGAAAAUAUGCAGCCAAGGACGCAUUUUUAGGAAGACUGGUGUGUGACAUAAAACUUUCUGCCAUGGAGCUAAUACGAGCCCGAAGUUUUGAUUUAGACACACUGUGUGUAAAUGUUCUUAAAAUGAAAGAAGGCGAUCGCGUCGAUGUAGCUCUCGAAGAUUUACCACGUUACUAUGAAAGUACUAAUGAUCUUCUACAAUUAGUAACAUUAAGUAUGCAGGAUGCCUCAUACAUAUUAAAAAUCAUGUGUGAACUUAAUGUAGUACCAUUAGCAUUACAAAUUACACAAAUUGCUGGUAAUGUGAUGUCUCGAACUCUAAUGGGUGGAAGAUCUGAAAGAAAUGAGUAUUUAUUGCUACAUGCUUUUAAUGAAAAGAGUUAUAUUGUACCGGAUAAAGUCUAUGGUAAAAAAAUAGUUGUUGAUGACGCGGAUGGGGAUGAACAAGAAGAAGCUGGCUCAAAUGUAUCAAAAAAACAAGGUAAAAAAAAAGCCGCAUAUUCCGGCGGUCUCGUGCUUGACCCUAAAAAAGGUUUCUAUGAUAAACUAAUUCUCCUGAUGGACUUUAACUCUUUGUACCCAAGUAUUAUACAAGAAUACAAUAUUUGUUUUACAACAAUUAAAAGGAAAAAUGGCGCAGUACUUGACGAUGAUAUAAAUAACCUCGUUUUGCCUGGUCCAAAUACUGAUUUUGGUAUCCUUCCCACUCAGAUUAGAAAACUUGUGGAAAGCAGAAGGGAGGUAAAAAAGUUGAUGAAAUCACCAGACUUGUCACCUGAACAAUAUAUGCAAUAUAAUAUAAGACAAAUGGGCUUAAAACUUACAGCAAAUUCUAUGUAUGGAUGCCUGGGUUUUACCCAUUCCAGAUUUUAUGCAAAACCACUAGCAGCCUUAGUUACUAUGAAGGGCAGGGAAAUUCUUAUGGAUACAAAAGAAAUUGUGCAAAAGUUAAACUAUGACGUUGUAUAUGGAGACACAGACAGUUUGAUGAUAAAUACAAACUGUUUAGAUUACGACUAUGUAUUUAAGAUUGGCAAUGAUCUGAAAAGAGAGAUUAACAAAAAGUACAAGCAGAUUGAAUUAGAUAUUGAUGGAGUUUUUAAAUAUCUACUUCUUUUAAAAAAAAAGAAGUAUGCUGCUGUAGUAAUUAGUAAGAACAAAACUGGUGAAUUUAUAUUUACCCAGGAACACAAGGGUUUAGAUAUUGUUAGACGUGAUUGGUCACAAUUGGCAGCAGAAGCGGGCAAAUUUAUACUAAGUCAAAUACUUUCCGAACAAACAGCCGACGAGAGGCUCGAAAGUAUUCAAAAUCAUUUAAAUAAAUUGAAAGAUGAUUUAGUAAGUGGUAAAAUGCCAUUAUCCUUAUUAACUAUCACAAAACAACUUACCAAAAAUCCAAAUGAAUAUGCUGACAAGAACUCUCAACCACAUGUCCAAGUAGCAUUGAGAUUAAAUGCUAAAAAUAGUAGAAGAUUUAAAAAAGGUGACAUAGUUCCUUAUAUAAUUUGUGAAGAUGGCACCGCUAAUUCAGCAACACAAAGAGCUUACCAUAUAGAAGAGUUAAAAAAUUCUGAAUAUCUCAAAGUGGAUUACAAGUAUUACUUGGCACAUCAACUUCAUCCCGUCAUAUCACGUAUAUGCGAACCCAUAGAAGGCAUGGAUCCGGCGCGAGUCGCCGAUUGUCUUGGUCUGGACCCUUCAGGUUAUCGACAAAUUAUUAAAAAAGAAAACACAAACACAGACACAUAUGAGGUUGAAAACGAUCAAGAAAAGUACAGACAUUGCAAAGAAUUUUUGUUUGUGUGUGUAAACGAGAACUGUAAAACUGAAAAUAGAGUCCGAGAAACAUUUGUCACAUUGGAUAAAGAAAAUUUAACGUUCUUAGAAAAAUGUCAAAACCCUAAAUGUUCUGUAAAACCAGUUGAUUAUGUUGCUUGCAUUCAAAACCAAUUGAUUCUACAAAUGCGGCAGUACCAUAACCAGUAUUACGCAGGCUGGUUAUCCUGUGAAGACCCAGCUUGCGGAUACCGCACGAUUCGACUUCCGCAAACAUUUGCCGGUGGCUAUCCUUUAUGUAGACAGUGUGAAAAAGGGGUUAUGUUCAGAGAUUACACUGAAAAAGAUUUGUACCUUCAGAUAAACUUUUUUCAUUUUUUAUUUGAUAUUAAUAAAAACAAUACUUCAAAAACUAAAAUAUCUACACCAAUCAUUUCUGCAUUUCAAGUUUUAAAAGAGACUGUAGAAGAUGUCCUGGCACACUCGGCAUACUCUAUAAUUAACUUAUCUAAAUUGUUUAGAUUUUUCCGUCUAGAUAAUAAAAAUGGAAGUACCAUUAAACCAGAACCUGUGGAAAUCGAUAUCUUACCAGAAACUGAACACAUUGAUGCUUUAAUGGAAAUGGGGACUUACUAGAACUAAAUAUGUAAUAAGGCUAUUAUUUGUAAAUACAAUUCCUUUUUCCAUUAUAAUGUACAUAUUAUUUACAACAAUAAAAAUAAUAUCAAAUCUAA